AUGAAUCAGCCGCGCCGCAAGUCGGCGUUCCGCAUCGAGCCGUUUCGGCACAAGGUGGAGAUGGACCCGCGAUACGCGGAGAAGACGUGGGGCAUUCUCGAGGACGCCAUCCAUCAGAUCUACAGCCACAACGCCUCGGGCCUCAGCUUCGAAGAGCUCUACCGCAACGCGUACAACAUGGUACUUCAUAAGUACGGUGACCGCCUGUAUGCGGGGCUGGUGAGCACCAUGACGGCACAUCUUAAAGGUGUGGCGGCGGCUAUAGAGGCGGCGCACGGGCCACUGUUCCUCAACGAGCUGGAUGCCAGGGCUGGUGAGCACCAUGACAUGACGGCGCACCGCAAGGGCGUGGCGGCUGCUAUUGAGGUUGAGGCCGCCCAUGGGCCUCUCUUCCUCAACGAGCUGGACGCCAGCCUAAACCAUGACGGCGCACCUCAAGGGCGUGGCGGCGGCCAUAGAGGCGGCGCACGGCCCGCUGUUCCUCAACGAGCUGGAUGCCAGGUGGGUUUCUAUAGAGGUGGCACGACCAAGACAACUGGCAGGCACGACCAUGACAAGUGGCACGACUACGGGCAAUCCCUCCAGGGAGGCAUCCUAAUGUGGCACGAGUACGGCAAGUCCCUCCAGAUGAUCCAAGACAUCCUAAUGUGGCACGAGUAUGGCAAGUCCCUCCAGAUGAUUCGAGACAUCCUAAUGUGGCACGACUACGGGAAAUCUCUUCAAAUGAUCCGCGACAUUCUAAUGUACAUGGAUCGCACCUACGUGACCAAUCACAACAAGACACCUGUGCACGACCUCGGCCUCGCCCUCUGGCGCGACCACAUCGUGCGCGCCCCCGCCAUCCGCCCGCGCCUCCUCUCCACCCUCCUCUCCCUCAUCCACCAAGAGCGCUCGGGCGAAGUGAUCAACCGCGCCCUCAUGCGAUCCAUAUCGUCCAUGUUCGCGGAUCUCGGCCCCGCGGUCUAUUCGGAGGAUCUGGAGCGUCCGUUUUUGGAAGCCUCCGCGGCGUUUUACCGGGGGGAGGCGCAGAGGUAUCUGGGGACGUGUGAUUGCGCGGAUUAUUUGAAGGUGGCGGAGAGGCGGCUGGAGGAGGAGGGGGAGCGCGUGGCGCAGUACUUAGAUGCGCGCACUGAGGGGAAGGUGACGGGCGUGGUGGAGAGGGAGAUGGUGGGGAAUCACCUCAGGCUGCUCGUUGAUAUGGAGAACUCUGGCUUGGUGCCCAUGCUGGUCAAUGACAAGUACGAGGACAUUGCGCGCAUGUACCGUCUGCUCAAACGCGUGCCGGCAGGGCUGCAGACGAUGCGGGAGGACAUUGCGCGCAUGUACCGCCUGCUGAAGCGCGUGCCGGCAGGGCUGCAGACGAUGAGGGAGGUGAUGUCAGGGCAUCUGAGGGAGACAGGCAGGCAGCUCGUGACUGAUCCCGACAGGGAGACAGGCAGGCAGCUCGUGACUGAUCCCGACAGGUAUGGUGGAGGGAGGAGUGGGGUUGGGUGUAAGUGUGUGUGCACAGACGAUGCGGGAGGUGAUGUCGGGGCACCUGAGGGAGACGGGCAGGCAGCUGGUCACGGACCCGGACAGUGCAAGGACAAGUACGAUCACAUCAUCGCCGCCCCAUUCCGCCGCUCCCUGUUGCACUCCUCCCCACUCCUCCCUCUUCACUCCUUCAGGUGCAAGGACCCAGGGGAAUUUGUGCAGCGCCUCUUGGAGGAAAACGACAAGUGCAAGGACCCGGUCGAGUUCGUGCAGCGGCUGCUAGAGGAAAAGGAUAAAUACGAUCGCAUCAUCUCCGCCUCAUUCGCCUCAGACAAGGCCUUCCACACCACGUGCAAGGACCCGGUCGAGUUCGUGCAGCGCCUGCUAGAGGAGAAGAAUAAAUAUGACCGAAUCAUCUCCGCCUCCUUCGCCUCAGACAAGGCCUUCCACACGGCCCUCUCCACGGCCUUUGAGUGCAAGGACCCGGUCGAGUUCGUGCAGCGGCUGCUAGAGGAGAAGGAUAAAUAUGACCGAAUCAUCUCCGCCUCCUUUGCCUCCGACAAGGCCUUCCACACGGCCCUCUCCACAGCCUUUGAGUUCUUCCUCAACCUCAACGCGCGCGCUGCCGAGUACAUCUCUCUCUUCAUCGACGACAAGCUGCGCAAGGGGCUCAAGGGGGCCAGCGAGGAGGAGGCAGAGGCCGUGUUGGAUAAGGUCAUGAUGCUGUUCCGGUUCCUGCAGGAGAAGGACGUGUUUGAGAAGUAUUACAAGCAGCACUUAGCUAAGCGUCUGCUGUCGGGGAAGACGGUUUCGGAUGACGCGGAGAGGAGUUUUAUCGUGAAGCUUAAGACGGAGUGUGGGUACCAGUUUACGUCGAAGCUCGAGGGCAUGUUCCUGGAUAUGAAGACGUCUCAGGAUACGAUGCACGCGUUUCACUGCGCGUUACAGGCUGAGGCUGCGGCGGCGGCGGUGGCGACGGGAGGAGGUGUGGGAGUGGUGGAGGAGAGGGGGGGCGGAGAGGGAGAGGUGGAGGAUCCGGCUAGUGGGGUUGCCGCCGCCGCCGCUGCUGCUGCUGCUACUGGUUUACGGGAGGAAGGAGGGGAUGAGGGUGGGGAGGAGGAAGGAGAAGGGUCUGCACGUGGGGGAGCAGCAGUAGCAGCACUCCGCACCGAACCAGAUCUUGCCCUCACCGGACCGUCCGGCACGGCAGCAGGCUCGGGAGCCGGCUCGUCAUCAUCAGCAUCGGCGGCAGCAGGAGGGGCGGCAGCGGGUGGAUUAUUCCAAGGGCCGACUCUAUCCGUCCAGGUGUUAACUACAGGAUCUUGGCCUACCCAGGCCGGUGCCAGAUGCAACCUCCCCGGGGAGAUCCUGCCCAUCUGUGAGAAGUUCACGCGGCACUACCUGACGACGCACACCGGGCGGCGGCUGACGUGGCAGAUGAACAUGGGGCAUGCGGACGUGAAGGCGACGUUUGAGUCGCGGAAAUACGAGCUGUCUGUCUCCACCUACCAGGUGGGUUGGGCCCGUGUCAACGUACCAGGUGGGUGGGGCCCGUGUCAACGUACCAGGUGGGUUGGGCCCGUGUCAACGUACCAGGUGGGUGGGGCCCGUGUCAACGUACCAGGUGGGUUGGGCCCGUGUCAACGUACCAGGUGGGUGGGGCCCGUGUCAACGUACCAGAUGUGCACCCUCAUGCUCUUCAACACGCACGGCUCCCUCACCUACCGCGACAUUGAGGCAGCCACAGACAUUCCCUCGGCCGACCUGCGGCGCAACCUGCAGUCGCUGUCGCUGAUGUGCAUCUUGAUGCUGUUCAACACGCACGACUCGCUGACAUAUCGCGACAUAGAAGCGGCCACCGAUAUCCCAUCAGCCGACCUGCGGCGCAACCUGCAGUCGCUGUCGCUGGUGCGCGGGAAGAACGUGCUGCGGAAGGAACCGGUGGGGAGGGAGGUGGGGGAUGACGAUACCUUUCAUUUCAACCACAAGUUCACCUCCAAGUUCUUCAAGAACGUGCUGCGGAAGGAACCCGUGGGGAAGGAGGUGGGGGAUGACGAUACUCUCCACUUCAACCACAAGUUCACCUCCAAGUUCUUCAAGGAGGUGGGGGAUGACGACACGUUCCACUUCAACCACAAGUUCACGUCCAAGUUCUUCAAGGUGAAGAUCGGCACCAUUUCCGCCCAGAAGGAGACGGAGCCGGAGAAGGCGGAGACGAGGCAGAAGGUGGAGGAGGACAGGAAGCCGCAGAUAGAGGCGGCAAUUGUUCGCAUCAUGAAGUCGCGACGCAUGCUGGACCACAACAACCUUGUCAGCGAGGUGACGAAGCAGCUGCAGGCACGCUUCCUGCUGAACCCGGCGGUGAUCAAGAAGCGCAUAGAGAGCCUCAUUGAGCGAGCCGAGGUGACGAAGCAGCUGCAGGCACGCUUCCUGCCCAACCCGGCGGUCAUCAAGAAGCGCAUAGAGAGCCUCAUAGAGAGGGAGUUCCUGGAGCGCGACCGCAACGACCGCAAGCUGUACCGCUACCUUGCCUAA